UAAUUCUACUGUUUUCCCCACUAGGUUGGAGGCGAAUUCUCGACGUCUGUCCUGCAGAACCACAUGAAAGACCAGGGCCGUGUGGCCUGCUGCGGGAGUAUCUCAACAUACAACAACCCGGAACAAAAAGGUCAGUAUGUUUUUGAGACUGUCGUCUUCAAGAGGUUGAAGCUGCAGGGAUUCUUUGGCGCACAGUACGAGAAAGACUGGCCUGAGGCUGCCACACAAGUGGCAAAAUGGAUUCUGGAGGGGAAGGUCCAGUACAAAGAGCACGUGACCAGUGGUUUUGAGGAGACGCCCCAGGCUCUGAUUGAUGUGCUGACCGGCAGGAACACCGGCAAGGCCAUUGUAAAAAUCUGAAGUGUAACAACACUGUUAUAUGUUCCCAACAAAAUACUCAUACAAAUUCUAAGUUCCAAUACAAACUGUAAGUUCCCAUAGAAAUUCUAAAUACUCAUACAAACUCUAAAUUCCCAUACCAACACUAAGUGCUCCUAGAAGUACCAAUAGAAACUCUAAGUACCAAUAGAAACUCUAAUUACUCAUAGAAACUCUAAGUACCAAUAGAAAAUCUAAGUACUCAUAGAAACUCUAAGUACACCCGUAGAAAUUUGAAGUACCCUUAGAAACUCGAAGUAGACAAACAAGAAAUAAAAUUGUACCUGUGGUCUCUCGUAGUAUUAAACCUGUGGAAGGAAUUGUAUGAUGUAAUUCUAUCGGGUAAUAACCAUGUAACCGAGAUACUUAAGAGUAACAAUCGGACUCGCAUGUCAGCCACCAAAACAAUUAUACUACGGUAUUAACAAUAGUAUUUUACAUCCCUUAUCAUGAAUAUGACUAAUGGUUACUGUUGCUACUAUGAAGUUCUGCCAAGAUAUUUGUCAGAUUGAGUAAUUUGAUUGCAAUAGUUGAUUUUACUUGAGGUAUUUCGUGACAUAUUAGGCUAAAACGUUGAAUGAAACUUAUACAUCUAUAGUGCUACUGUAAUCUGGAGUAUUCUUUUCGAUUUGUAAUUAAAGUAAAGUGGGCUUACAGCUACAUACUGA